AAACCUAUGCAGGAAGAGCCACAUCACAAAAUAAACUUUCUUGUUUUCUAAUAAAACAAAUUUGAAUGUAACUAUAUUUAACUGUAUAGAUUGACUUUAAAACGAGAAGAAGAAAAGAGAAAGGAUGCUGAUAUGUUGUAUAAAAACGGUAGUGAAGAGUUAGAAAGAAAAGAAGAGGAAUAUAGGAAAGCUGUUGAAAUGAACCAACAACUGAAACGGACUCUGAAAAUACGAGCCAUGGAAUUGGGGACAGUAAGAAAGAAUUUGGAUCAGAUUUCUCUUAGCCAUAAGAAAGAAAAAGAUCUCUUGCAUGAAAAUAGCAUGUUGCAGGAAGAAAUUGCCAUGCUAAGACUGGAACUGGAUAUAGUAAAACAUCAGAAUCAGCUAAAGGAAAAGAAGUAUUUUGAGGACAUUGAAAGUGUGAAAGAAGAGCAUGAUAAUCUUCUAAAGGCUAUAAAAUUGAAUGAGGAAGCAAAAACAGUAUUUCAGUACAACGGACAGCUUAACAUCUUGACAACUGAGAAUAAAAUGCUCAGUUCUGAGCUGAAGAAUGUAAAAUACAUCAAGGAAUGA